CCUUGAACAGCGGCUCCUCUGCGAACGGAAACAGCAGAAGAAGAGGAGGAGGCGCAGGCUUCAGGAGGGAAGUCAAAAUGUCGGCUCCGAAAACCAUCCCGAAAGAUGCUCAGGUGAUGAUCCAGAUCCUGAAGGACAUGGGCAUCACCGAGUAUGAGCCCAGAGUCAUCAACCAGAUGCUGGAGUUCACCUACAGAUACGUGACCACCAUCAUUGAAGAUGCCAAAAUCUAUGCCGCACACGCCAACAAGUCCAACGUGGACGCCGAUGACAUCAAACUGGCCAUCCAGUGUCGCAUGGACCAGUCGUUCACCUCGCCGCCACCACGAGACUUCCUGUUGGAGGUCGCCAGGCAGAAGAACCAGACCCCCCUCCCUCUCAUCAAACCCUACACCGGCCCCCGACUCCCCCCUGACCGUUACUGUCUGACCGCCCCCAACUACAAACUCAAGUCCGUACAGAAGAAGGUGUCGUCGUCCGCCAGCAGGAUAUCGGUGCCUCGCCUCAGCGUCGGUGCCGUCACCAGUAGGCCAACCACGCCCACCCUUGGGACGCCGUCUGUCCAGUCGGUCACCACUAAAGUUGGCACUCCGGUGUCUUUAACGGGUCAGAGGUUCACCGUGCAGAUCCCGCCGCCCUCUCAGACGGCCACCACCAAACCCACAACGCCGUCCACGCCUGCCGUCUCCAACGUCCUCAUCAACCCGUCUCUGAUCGGCUCCAAGAACAUCCUCAUCACCACCAACAUGGUGUCGCAGAACUCCGGCGGAGAGUCGCUGAAGAGGAAGCACGAAGACGACGACGACUACGACGCUUUAUGACGCUGAACGCGGCAGUUUGUACCAACCCUAAAAAAACCUCAGCAGAGACUGAAGGACACACCUGAUGGUAGAUUUAGUUUGAGAGGAAAGCACCGCCUGCUCACAGUGAGACUGAUGCUGGAUUCAGAACUGCAGGCAGGCGGAGGAAAAGUGUGAUUUACAAUAAAGGAAGAACAGCUGGGAUCUAAGUCUGUCUGUUUGAACCCAAAAUCUGCAUUUAGACAAGUUUUUAGCUUAUAAGGUGAAACACAUCCAGCUUUGACUCCUGUAGUGAAAAAUGUUAGUGUGCAAAAAAUCACUAAAGAUUUGAAUUUAAUGGUUUUUUUUUAAAUUAAAUGGAUGAAACCUGCAGUCCAGCAGAGGCAGCAGUGAUGAGUCAGUCCCCAUAGACUCCCAUGUUAAAAUGUCAAACUUCACAGCAGAAAUAAACAUGUUAAUAUCCUGACACAAAAUCUGCUUCGGUCUCUAUAGCUGAUUGAAUCCUUCAUAACUGUACGUGGUGUGGCUUACCUUCUUUAUAUAUUUGUUAAACUGCAGUGUAAGUACUUUUUUUUUGGUAAAGCGCCUGAAUACUUUCACACAAACGGGUGUAACAGAAGGUGUGGUUUAACGAGUCAGUACCAGACACAAUACUGCAUAUUUAGAAUAGACUGAGUAGAAUAAUAAGAGUACUGAAAAUAGUGGGGGUUCUUUUAGUCAUGAGUACAGGUUUAAAAACCCUCUGAAACAGCUGAGCUUAAGCCUUUUAUAUCCACAUCAGGGUUCUUCAGUAACCAAGAGAGUCCAGAACGGGGCAUCAGUGUUUUCUUCCAGGUUGUGGAGUUCCACAGAGCUCCAUCAACGAUCCUCUACUUUUCACCUGUUUAACCUGUAUUAAAACUUACAUUUUGUAUUAGCUGUUAGCUGUAGCUAUAUGCCAGUAGAUGGUGGACUGGUUGCUGCUGUUCAUUAGAAGUCAUAUUGCUGAGGUGGAUCUUUUAAUGCAUGUGUGUAAAUGAUCAUAAAUCACUGAAGUUUUUCCUCAUUUUCAGUUUGGUCUGCAUUUAUAUUUAGUAAAGUUUAAAAUGAU